AUGUCCAGCCCCGUCAUUCACACGCCAGACUCAGAUUGGGUGUUCGACACAUUUGAAGACGGGCCUUCGAUCUGGGACGACGCUCGCGGCAGACAAGUUCGCACACCAGACAAUCUUGACCACGAGAAUGCUCCCAUCAAAAGCGACGACUGGUAUCAGCCAGACAUUGAUGCAUGGUGCAAUCCAGAUGUGGGUUGCGGCUCAAUUCCAGACAUCCUAGCAGGAGAAACCCAUUUUGAGCAUGUCCCUGUCGACCAGCCGGUCGCCCUUUGGCCCGAAUUCAAUUCUAAUCUACCGCUCCCCGAAAAACGGACGGAGACGACGGGGGCCAGCCACAGAACGUCUCCGGUGACCACAACAGCCCAUUCCGCUGGAAAUCCGUUUGGCGGCCACCGAUGCACAGAGUCGCGCCAUGCCGGCAACUUUGGCUGUGCUGAUUUCCGACUUCGAAUUGUGCACGAUACUUCUUACGAUGGCUACCCACACUUGUUCCCCGGCCGAUUUCAGGGUGUUGUCGAUUUUCAGGUCUGCGAAAAGUGCAUGACCAGCCAUUUGCCUGGGUGGGAAGCGAUGAAAAAUGAGGAGUAUCCUAUUCCCGGCGCGCCCAUAAACAUUUAUGUCACCUCAGAUCUCGAGACCGCCAAAUACGCGGCCAAAUGGCUCUUUGACCAGAUUCAUUACACUUCUACAGAAGCUUCGACCGAGUACAUAGACAUGCGUACCGUUUCCAGCGUCGUAGAACUUGCCGCCGAGUUUGGUGGAGCGGGCCCUCGCAUCGAUGGAUUCAUUCGGUGGGCGCUGCUAAAUGCAGAGGUGUCGUCUCUAGAGGAGACGAUUUUUGGACUCCACGCCGCAGCGUUUUCGGCGAGCAAUUACGAUCUUUUCAGCAUGUUCCAACCUUUUCUGGCGCUCAAUUUCACGGGAGGAGAGGUCUCCAACUGUUUAAAGAAACUGAGCACAGUGGCACCAUAUCUGCCGUAUGUGCUCCAUCGCCCUCUUUUCUCCAACAACGUUGUUCGCCGCCGCAUCGUCCACAUCAUCAUGCAGAUUGUCGAACGGGCCAUCGACGAAGCCUGGCAGGAGCCUAUCGACGUCGCUCGCUUCCACUUUUUGUGCGCUCUCAAGUACCGGUUCAUGAGCCAAGCGGCGCUGACAAGUGACAGUUUUGACCUCUCUGGCCUGAUGCAUUACAUGCGAGAAGUCGUUCUCGUCCACAAAGAGCCCUAUGGCCAGCUUCUGGCGGAUUUCCGGUCUGCCUUUACGGGCCAGGGGCUGAACCCGGACUUUUCGCCCUUGUCGCUUCUUCAGCACUACAACUGA